GAAUCAGAAAAGGGGUGGGCGUGGUCUAUGACUAGUUUGGUAGCACUGGACUGAGUAGCUCUUCAACUUUUUCUACUACAGUAGACCUAUGCUAAACACUAUAGAUAAUUAUUGUACGAAUACAAUUUUGGAUUUAUUUUAUCGUCGUGUGCGAUGUACAGCUAGGCUCGAAUAUCCGACGUGGGACCUUUCUAUUCACUGCACACCAGUGAAUUCCAAAAUUGACGGGGAUACUCCUCCAUUUUCGAAUGCGGCUGCCCGGGCUAGCGGAAAGCUAGUCAGUUAUGCAGCUAGGCUAAGUUUCACUGCGAGACCGACAGAAACCAGAGCAAGCGGACUGCUUGCUAUACAUUUCCCAUCGAACCAAUCUCUCGCUGACUACAAGACUCCCAGCAUGCUGAUGGUGGGAGGCAAUGGACGGAUGCACUAGAAUGAGUGUAAAGGAGCUGUGUGAGACCGAUGACCUGGCUACCCGUCUGGUGCUGGACCCUUUACUGGGGUUCAGCACACAUAAAAUGAACAUCAGCCCCCCACCAGAGAUCAGACGAUGGGGUAACCUCAAAGAGACCCUGCUGCGCUUUCAGCGCACACAUGAUUUUGACACUACGUUUGAGGCCUUGACUGAAGGUGAACUGGCUGGUGACUACUUCAAUGCUUUGGGAAGCCAUCGACAGGAACUACUUAGACAACAUGUGUACCGCUACCUCAGUGCCUUCCUGCUGGAUAGUGGAGUGAAAAUCGAGUCCUGUGACAGAUAUUCUUCAGAGACCAAUGGAGCGAAGAUAACUUCAUCAAGGCACUGGUUUGCAGGAGAGCGGGUGGAGGUCCUGCUGGGCUGCAUAGCAGAGCUGAGCCCCACUGACAGUGCUGUGCUGAGAGCGGGAGUCAAUGACUUCAGCGUGAUGUAUUCUACACGCAAACGCUGUGCACAGCUCUGGCUUGGACCUGCAGCUUUCAUUAACCAUGACUGCAAACCCAACUGCAAGUUCAUCCCUGGUGAGAAGAACGUUGCUUGUGUUGAAGUGAUUCGUCCUAUAUCACCAGGGGAGGAGAUCACGUGUUACUACGGUGCCAGCUUUUUUGGCGAAGGCAAUGAAAUGUGUGAAUGCUGCACCUGUGAGAGAAACGGAGAAGGUCACUUCAAACACAAAGGGAAGCAGCCUGAAUGUGAAGAAACAAAGGACCCUAUUGGCCAAAAGUACCGACUGAGGGAGCGAUAUCUUCGCCAUCACCGGGAGAAGGGCCAUUUUCCUGCGAGACCACUAAUACCACGAUCACACUCAGGUAUCUUUAAAGCCAUCCCCUCAAGGAAUUCCUUCACCCAGCAAAUGAGAAGAAAUGCCUUGAAGAGCAGAAAACUGAGUCAACAAAAGCAAUGGCAACUAGAGAAACACAGACGGUCAGGCAAGCACACAUUUAAGCUCAACACAGUCAAACAGCGAAGGACAAUUACACUUCUGUCCAAGGUUACACUGAAGGAACUCAGCAUCAGAGUACGACACCACUCUGUUGAUUUUCUGAUCAACUGUAAGGAUCCCAAUAGCAAAGAAAGAGCCCUGCUGCAGAAACUGGAGGAAGCGAAGAGGAAUGAUAAAAAACCAAGUGAAUUGACUUCCUGUAGUGAUAGAAACAGCAGCAAGGUCAACUUAAAGCCUUUCAAUCAGAAUUGUGUCGCAUUUAAUCAAAAAAGUAAAAAAGUAGUUAAUAGAGUUGAUCCUAGUAGAAGGUCAGUCAGAGUGAUAACAAUGGCUCACUCCAAGACCACUUCAAGUACAAGAAAGAAUGUUCAAACUGAGCUCAAAGAGCAACGGGAGUCAUGUAAUGGGGACAAAAUGGCACCUCUUUGUCCCCCUGUUAAGAGCAAUGAUGCUGGUGCAAUAAAGCAAGAGAUGAUUGAAAGUCACGACCAGAAGUGCAGAAGCACUGAAUGCUGUGAUGCUAUUGCAGUUCAAGGCCCAGACACAGAGGAAACCUUGCAGAACAACAACCAAACACCAUCCCAAGUAAAAGUUUGUGGAGACAACCCUUUAAAAUCAAUUAAGCAAUACCUUACAAUAAACCUAUGGAGAGUGGCAUUGCCACAGUGUGUAGAGUUAGAAAAAGCAACCGAAGACAGGCCAGCAAAAGUGGAGUUAAGAACAAGAAGCAAGCAGAGCCAGUGUCCAAGACCAGCACCUCUGACAAUCCAGACAAAAAGAGCGUCCAGGGCUCAACAGAAUCAAGAUGGGCGAGCAGGGAUCUGCACAGCUGAAGGCAACAAAGGGGUGAGGGAAAUGUUAUUUAAGGCUGUUGAUAAAGUAAAUGUGAGGAAUGGACAUGCAAAUGAAACCACAGGUGAAUCAUGCCAGGCUGAGAAAAAGAUGAGUGAAAAAGUAAUUGAAAUUCAAACAUUGCCAAAGGAUGAAAAAACAAGCUUGCAAAGCACACAGCCUGGAGUGUCAAAAGGCAAACCUGAAGAGGGCAAAAAACAGGAAAAAGAUGCACCUAAAGUUAGGAAUGAUGAAACCAAUGGAGCCCACGAAGAUAUGAUUGAGUCUGAAAGUGCAGGUGUCUCUAACAAGGAAAGUCCUAAUCAGAAUUUAACUGAGAGUGUGAACACUAAAGACAAGGAUUUGGGUACAGAGAAAGGACUUGCAAUAGAGAGUAGCAAAGACAAACAGGAGGCACCUCAACCAAAGUGUAUUGACAUUAAUGGUGCAAAAGUUGUUCUUUUUGAUAUAUUAAAAAAUAAAAACUUAAAAGAAAACAUUUUAAAAAGGCUUACUUCUCAAGCUUUAGAAUGUGUGCAAAGAUUCAAGGAGCAAGAACAGAUAGAAACAAAUAAAGGCCAGAACAAUCUAGUGUUGAGGCAUGAUCUAAACAGACGAAAUUUAAGAUCUAGAAUGGCAAAAACAAAAAUGGGGAAUGAAUGUGGCACCAGGGCACACCUGAGCAAAGAUGUUUCAGCUGAAAGUAAGACUGGGUUUGGGGAGGAUGAUUUGCAUCCCCACUUGUCUCCGAAGCAUAUUGCCCCUACGGACACCAUCCCAAGUCCACUACCUCAAAAAUACUCAGUGACAGCAAAGGUUUCAAAUAAUAUGUUCCCAGACAAUCCACAGACACACAUACAGUCCAACAUACCACUGAAGAAACGUACAUUUCGAAGCGAUGUGGAGUUGGACUCAAAACAAGGCUUGAACCCUUCAAGUCAAGCUGAUAAGAAAUUGCAGGACAAUUCCUCUGCAGCACUAAGCCAGGAACCUACCUGUGGUUCAGGGGAAAGUAAGAGUAACAAACUGAAAUUCCACAAGGUUACCCAAAACAGAAUACCAAAACAAAAUGCUGUUAAAAGAGUGCUACGCCCCAGAGCCACCAUAGUUAAGCGAGUCUGUUCAAGAAACCUCCGAGGGUCAAAUGUUGAAGCAGAUGAUGGCGCUUCUGACAAAGAUCAGACACAAAAUCAGUUGGCAGAGGAAAACCAAAGGAGUCCAGCAGAAUUUAACAAGCAUUCAAGCAAAGCCGAACUCCAUCAAUCCCCACAAAAAAUAAAAAAAAAGCAUGAAGAAGUGGAAACGUUAUGUCAAGAAAGUGAUGUGGAAGAGACAAAACCUAGUCUUAAUUUUAAGAUCCGAUUUAAAAGAAGGAAAGGUAAAUUAUGGGAAAUGCAAAGUGGUUUUUUUGAAAAUAUGUUAUUGAAAAGGGAAAAAAAAGACGAGGCAGGGACAUGUGAUCCAUUUAAAGCCAUUAUGGACUCUGUAUCAGUUUUAAACAUGGAGAUGGAGGCAGCGCGUGCUCAUGUGAAGGCGAGUAAGAAGUCAAAGAACAAAUUUCUCCUUUUAAAAAGAAGAGGUAACAGGUUUCAUAAAAAGCGCAUUAAGUCCUCUUACACAAAACUAGUGAAAGGUCAAGGUCUUAAUGAAACCAGUGAAUUAACCAUUGAGGGUCCAAAAAAACGGAAGUCUGAUUUGGAGGUUGUAGGUCAGGACACACUUAACUCUGAGUAUCAGAAAAUUAACAGGCAGACUCCGUCAGGUGCUGUUCAAAACACAAAGGUUGAAGGUUGUUUUGCAAACAAUUGUUGCAUGUUUGAAAAUGGGUCACAACAGAAGCAGGAGCCAGAAUUUAAUGCAAAUGGUCUUUUGUUACCAGUAAUUAAAUUGCGUAGGAAAGAGGAAGAUAUUUGGGAAGUGGACAGCCUAGAGGUCUUUCCAACAGAACCUAUAGGAGGUUCUGUUCUUAAGAAAGAAAUGGGAAAUCAUGUUUUAGGAAAACAAAAGAAAGAGCAUUUGGAGUCAUGUAAGCUCAGCAAAGAGUGUUCUUCCACUCAGAGGGUAAACAACAAUGGCUCUAUGAAAACUGAACCACUGCCAUUCUCUUUAUCACUGUCACCACUGUCUCUUUCUUCUCCUCUUGGCGACAAUAGGUCUGACAUUUCAUCCGCAGCUGCCAAUAAAAUUAUUGAAAGGCCAGAGUUUAAUGGUAGUGGAAAGAAGCACAGGGCCAAAAUGGAAAGGAUGCGAAAGUCUGGGCCUGUAGAGACAUCCACCACUUGUUUAAGUCACUCUCUUCAACAGAUUGACAACAGUCUGUCUAGACUAUCUGAAGGUCUGUGUUCAUCUCAGACUCUUGAAAAGCCUCCGUCCAGUUUAAAUCUUUCCAGUUCUGUCAUUCAGCCAGUCUCCCAGUUUACGUCCUUCCCCACGGCAGAAAACAUGCUUUCCGGUGAGCCAAGCUUCUCAAAUUGCUGUGAUGACAUUUUGGACUUUCAGUAUCUCAACUUUGAGGGCUAUUACCAGCCACAGAACAUCCUCCCAUCUUCACCCUCAGAUCUGCUGGAUCCACCCACAGAUCCUUUCAGCAGUCCCCUCUCUCAUAGCCCAUCAGAUACAUGGACUGCUGAGACACCCUACCUUGGUCCUCCCAGUCCAGAAACCAACUUCACCAGUGAAGAUCUCCCGUUUUUUCCUGGUCUAAUAUCUACUAAAGGUGACCCUGUUUCUUCAGAUUGUGAAGGAAGGGAUUUGUCCACCAACAGAAUCCUUCCUAGCUUUUCAUCUUUAAGCAACUCUGACUUAACUGCUAAAACCCUCAGUGUGGGUAGAGCUCCAAGAAUUAGGCCAUCCAAAGAGGACCUCAAGAGUCAGCCAUUCUCUGUUGUCAACAAGCCUCGGUUGUUUGGUACCACCUCGCAUUCUGCCACGUCACAUAAUCCUGUCAGUAUAACGCAGCCUUCAGUUCAUGUCAAACCCAACAUCAGCCAACCUAAACCUCAGACCAACUUAAAAAGCCAGGGCCCUUUCCAUCGUGUGGCAAUACCCAGCAAAUCUCAGUCUUUCUUUAGCCACAGUCACCCUAACACUGCUAAAGGAGUGCCCCAGAGUUGCCUAACAAAGACAGUUCCAUCAUCUAUAAUGCCUUCUAAACUCCUCUCUACUCAGUUUUCUAAUGUUAAAAAAACAAAUCUUUCAGAAAACCCAUUUAACUUCCAUGAAAAAAAUCCUACCGUUAUUCACAGGGUGCUUAAGUAUCAGGGAGGCAGCCAGAGUCAGAACUUGUACAGUGCACCUUGUAAAGACACCACAGCUGCAGGCAGCCCCAAUAUUCUUUCCACAACCCGUGGUACUAAAUCAGACUCUAUUGAGAAACCCCACCAGACUCAGAAACUUGAUCCCCGUGUAGCCAGCCAUCAUAAAGGUACAUUUUCAUUUCAGGGAUUUGGAAAAGAUGUUGCCCAUGUUUUUUCAUCUGCCAGGGCCAUCCCUCAUCUUGGCAAAACCAACUCACCUUUUACACAGUCUUCUAGUAAACCUAGGAUGGCAUUUGAUAAACCGGAAAGUGGAGAACCCAACAUGGCCUACAGAAACUUCUCUACGCUGACAAGACCGUUCCUUUUUCCUAACAAAGCAACUGAAAGUCUACCAUUGCCACAGGACAAGAGUUUAAAAGUAGACAAAUCAACCAUUUUAUCUUCAGACAAACACCAGCCCUGUUUUGCUCAGACAGAUCAGUUUGAUUUUAGCUUCAACUCCUCUCUUUCGCCCAUGUCACAGCACAAUAGUUCUCAAAUUAUCCCCAAUACAGCUCCUAAUACGCCAGCACCAGCAAACAAGAGCCAUCCCUCAACAGCCUCAACAGCUUUCCCCUACGGCUACCAAGGACCUCCUUAUGUACUGAAUUUUAGUGGCGAUCAUUCAUUGACUCUGGGUCUCAGGGAUGGUGCUGACGGUUAUCCUGGACUGGGCUCAACAAACUACACCUACCAUUGCCUGAUGGAACCUUCAGGCACACAAGGACGAUUGGUUCUUGAGCCCUGUGGGACUCAGCUUUCAAACCCACCGUCUUUUUCCCUGGGUAGUUUUUCCGGGCUGAAAGGUCAGGAGGACCACAGCAGGAAAGAUGGACAGCAGCAAUGCCAGUCUGGAGAAUCCCAUGGCCCACCACACUACGGACCUGGUACAACAUCUCACUCAGUGGGGGCCACAAAACCCAAACGAGUGAGGCUGGUGGUGACAGACGGUACAGUAGACUUGGAUCUCCAAUACUCUGACUGAUUUGUACACACCACAAAAAGGUUUUGUAAAAAUGUUACGUUCACACUUUUUACACUUUUAGCUAUAAAAGCCAGAUGAAUGACAAUUUAAAUAUAUAUUUUGAUAAACAGUAUUAUUACUUGUACAGGUUUUUAUGUAAAGCUGGACUUAUCUGUGUGUUUUAGCUACGGUAUAGGUUUUUAGAUUUUACUGACAAUACCAAACUAAAAGAACAGUUUUUUGGAACCCUGUGGCCCUGUAAACACCCUCUUUCUGUACUGUAAUACGGUAUCAAUCUUUCUAUAGUGUGUGGUGACCGGACAGGAGCACCAUCAGUGGCUGCUGGUACGUGUACUGGUGGGUUUAAAAGGCAGCUUUUGCCCGCAUUCUUUCAUAUGUUCUUGUGAUGUUUUUAAACUCUCUUUCUAUACACACCCUAAGCCCUUUUCUCACAAUGUGUUUUAUAUAUAUAUAUAUAUAUAUAUAUAUGUAUAUAUAUAUAUAUAUGGGUGUGUGUGCGUGCAUGCAUGUGUGCGUUACUCACUACUAUUGUGUGAAUGUGUUUGGCACACAGGUCUGAAGGGAUCAGUGUGUUGCAAAACACAUCAUAGUGUGUUGACGUGUCUGGUAUCUCUGCUCCAUUUCAUGAAGCUAAAUUGUGUUGGGAAUAAAUGAUUUUCUGACCCAAACCUCACACAUAUAUACAUACAUACAUACGUGUCUGUGUGUGUGUACAUAUGUGUUAGUAUAUGUGUAAUGUAAUGUGUAUAUAUCUGUAUAUAUGUAACUCUAACUAAAAUAUGCAUAUGCAUAUACACAUACAUAGCAAUUGAGGGGAUUAGUUACAUUUGCUCUGACAAUUGACUGAGAGAAGUUACUUUUUUCUUUUUACGCCAGUUGUGCUUAUUAAUUGAUAGUAGCAGAUGAGAUCAAAUAUUAUCAUUUCAUUAUUUGAAACUGCUUUAAAGAUGUUUGUUGUGCAACCAUUUUGUUGUUACAUCACAGGUGAUGAUCCCGUCAGAGAAACUGAACAGUGAUUAAUGAUAACAUUAAAUGUUGUUUAUAUUGUAAUCAUAGUUUUUAUUUCUAUUUUCUGUUUAUUAUAUGAGUCCUGUGAGUGUUCUCCUGUUUAGAUGUUCUGUAUGUAAGUUCCUGUCACACUGUUGGGCAGGGUUGUUGAGUGUGACUGUAGCCUUACAUUACCAUCAAUUGUACUGUUGAUAUGAAAAUACACCAAUUAUUUAUUUUACUAUCCUCAUCCUUGAAAUGGUGCUUUAAUGUAAUUUAUAUUUUAACAAUAAUUGUUCAACCUAUCAAAUGUUUGUAUUAUUAUUUAAUGGUUUCUUAAGUGACUAAUAGCUAUUUAAUUUCUAUGCCAGCUGUUGCCGGUGAAACUCUCGGUCUUGUCCUGCUGACCAUAAUAUUUCUUUCAGUACUUCCUGUUCUUGACAAGGAGGCACAGUUCUGUGGUGGAGCACAGAGAACUAUGUUUCCUUGACGGAUGUUAUUCGUCUUGAGACAGAGAUGGACUUUAAAAGCUUCUCCUACCAUGACUGACUUACACUUUUACCCCCACCAUAUCUCUGGUGCCCGGCUUUUUUCUCUUCUGUUUCUGUUACCAACACACAUCCCAGGACACAACAAAUUCCUUCAAGGCAAAAUAUCCUCCUAUUGUUUUUAGUAAUAUAAAUGUAAAUCUUUUCUUUCAUUUGAGCAUGUUUAAAUUAGAUUUGUAAUUCAAAUGAACAGAUCAGAGAAGUCUACAAAUAAAAAAAAGUGGCUGAAAACCUGUGAA